UCAUAACUACAAAAUUGCCUGAUAAACACCACCACCAUUCACCGGCAUCGGCCACCAAGAACCACCAUGGAUCUUCUCCUCGUAGAGAAAGCUCUCAUAGCUCUUUUUGCAGCCAUUAUCGGCGCAAUCUUUAUCUCUAAGCUACGUGGCAAGAAAUUCAAACUUCCUCCGGGACCCAUUCCAGUUCCCAUUUUUGGUAACUGGCUCCAAGUUGGUGAUGAUCUCAACCACCGGAACUUAACUGAUCUAGCCAAAAAAUUCGGUGAGAUCUUCCUCCUUCGCAUGGGACAGCGCAACCUCGUUGUAGUGUCGUCGCCUGACCUCGCCAAAGAGGUACUCCAUACCCAGGGCGUUGAGUUCGGGUCUCGAACACGAAACGUCGUGUUCGAUAUAUUCACCGGAAAAGGGCAGGACAUGGUGUUUACAGUCUACGGCGAGCACUGGCGCAAGAUGCGACGGAUCAUGACGGUGCCGUUCUUCACCAACAAAGUGGUGCAGCAGUACAGGCACGGAUGGGAGGCUGAGGCGGCUGCGGUUGUGGAGGAUGUGAAGAAGAAUCCAGCGUCUGCGACGGAAGGUAUUGUGAUCAGGAGACGGUUACAGCUCAUGAUGUACAACAACAUGUUUAGAAUCAUGUUCGAUAGGAGAUUCGAAAGCGAAGAUGAUCCGUUGUUUUUGAAGCUGAAGGCAUUGAAUGGUGAGAGGAGUCGAUUGGCACAGAGCUUCGAGUAUAACUAUGGCGAUUUCAUCCCUAUUCUGAGGCCGUUUUUGAGAAGCUAUUUGAAAUUGUGCAAGGAAGUGAAAGAGAAAAGGCUUCAGCUCUUCAAGGACUACUUUGUUGAUGAAAGGAAGAAGCUUGGUAGCACGAAGAAAUUGGAGAACAAUCAACUGAAAUGCGCCAUUGAUCACAUUCUUGAAGCUAAGGACAAGGGAGAGAUUAACGAAGACAAUGUUCUUUACAUUGUUGAAAACAUCAAUGUUGCUGCAAUCGAAACUACUCUAUGGUCAAUCGAAUGGGGAAUCGCCGAGCUCGUGAACCACCCUGACAUUCAGUCAAAGCUCAGGCACGAGCUCGACACGAAACUUGGGCCCGGUGUUCAGAUCACCGAGCCUGAUGUUCAGAACCUCCCUUACCUCCAAGCAGUCGUCAAAGAAACCCUACGUCUCCGCAUGGCGAUCCCACUCCUGGUCCCACACAUGAACCUCCACGAUGCCAAGCUGGCGGGCCAUGACAUUCCGGCCGAAAGCAAGAUCUUGGUCAAUGCGUGGUGGCUAGCCAACAACCCUGAACAAUGGAAAAAGCCCGAGGAGUUUAGGCCCGAGAGGUUUUUGGAAGAGGAAGCAAAGGUUGAGGCUAACGGGAACGAUUUCAGAUACUUACCUUUUGGAGUUGGGCGUAGGAGCUGUCCUGGGAUUAUACUGGCGUUACCAAUUCUUGGUAUUACAAUCGGGCGUUUGAUACAGAACUUUGAGUUGUUGCCACCACCCGGACAGACUAAGAUUGAUACGAGUGAGAAAGGUGGACAAUUUAGUUUGCAUAUCUUGAAGCACUCUACUGUCGUUGCUAAGCCACGGUCCUUUUAAUGAAUUUUGUUUAUGUUUUUUGUUUUGUUAACCACGUGUUAGAGUGUUGUUGUGUGAUGUGGAGAUUUUGAAUUUGAUUUGUAUAUCGUUUUCUUUACUUUGUAUUUGUAAUCAUGAUAUACUAAUAAGUCGUCACACACACGUUUUAUGUA